AUGGAAGCGGAUGACCCGCGAAUAAUCGGCAAAGACAACGUUGUGCUCGUCGAAUUUUUGGAUCCGGACGCCGGCGAGCCGCAUCCUGAACACGUUCCCUUCAAGCCUGGCCAGAGUCUCGACGAAGCCCUUGAAAGUCGACUGAGGGAUCGCGGGCUGUCCGUCGAGGGCGUGUCGUUCUUUGUUGAGGGCUCCACCACCCCACUCCCUGAAGGUGCCGACGCGCGCAAUCUACAAGGCUACAAAAUCAUCGUCAGAAGUCGCUCGACGAUGCGCGUGUCGCGGAAUGCGCGGACGACGCUGUCGAUGGACGAGACGGUGGAGAGGGGCAGGAAGGUGUCACAGGACGCCAUCUCCCGCAAGACGUCAUUCGUCAACGCCAAGAUGCUACAAAUUCGUGAGACCCGAUUUGACAAGCCGCAGGGUCUCAGGGCAAUGCCAAAAAAUCGUGUUAUACCCUCGAGAUUGGCGAAGCAAUACGCCACUGCCAAUCUGCCGUCGGGCAAAGAGAAAGGCCGGCGUGCCGCGGCCGAGCAGGGCAGCGUCCAAAUGUUGAAAUGUCCGGAUGCGUCGAGCGCGCAUCGCCACUCCCUUCCCCAAAAUGCGCUGAUUCCCGAGAUACUCGUGCGGAAGAGCGUCGUGUUGCGGAAGACGGCUUCCGCUUUGCAUAUACAGCUGGCCAAAUCGAGGCAGACGUCGGAUUGCAGCCGAUCGAAUGGAUCGGAAGAGGUGCUGGAUUCGGCGAGGAGCCGCGAUUCAUCGCACAGAGAUCUGACCCAUCUCGACGAGCCGGGAUGCUCGGAAAGCCUCCAAAUUGACGACGGGCUCUCGUCGAAGCGUAUCCGCCCCCAAUCGACCUCACGUAUCUCGCUGUUCUUUGGAAAGGAAAAGACGGAAAUGCUGAACCGGCUGAACUCGUUCCGGGAAGCCACCCACCGCCCCGACCCCCGGCUCGACAUUGAGGAAUCCUGGAGGGCAAUUGUGGAUCCGGCUACGAUGCAAAACCUCUCCCGAAAAGCCCACGACCAGCAGGAGGCAAUCUGGGAGAUUGUCAACACCGAGUACAACUAUAUUUCGCUUCUACGAACGAUGGAAGAGCUCUCCUGCAGCCUCACCGACCUCCAGCGACACGGAUUUUUGAAAGAUAUCGAUGCGCGCCGAGUCUUCCUCAACUACACCGUGCUCUGCCAAGCCAAUGCCGACUUCUGGGAUCGAGCCAUCUUCCAUAUGCUAUCAGAAGCGAGAAAAAAGCGCUGUCCCCUCGACCCGAUCCACCUGUGGCGCGGCUUCAUCGAUAUCCAAGAAUGGUCCCGGUGCUACAUCGAAUUCCACCUUGGCCACGACGUCGCCCAUGCCUACAUCAGCAAAAAGGCGAAAGAGCACGAGCUGUUCAGAGAAUUCUUGACGUGGGCCGAAUCUCAAGACGGGAUGCGGCGUCAAAAACUGCUGGACAUGCUGAAGUGCCCGAUGCAGAGGAUCACGAGAUAUAGCCUUCUUCUAAAGGCGGUACUCCGAACCUCUACGGACAGCGAAGAGCAAUCCAUGCUCCAGUUGAUGAUCGAUCGCGCCGACUCCGCGACGUACCAGCUCAACUUCGAGAUGAACAACAACGACCUGCGGGUGCACCUCAUCGACGUGAUGAAGAGUAUAGAUGGAGCGGAUUACUAUGAUAGCGAGGAGUUCGAGAAGGUCUUCUGCACCAAACAAGGCCCUCCCCGCGGUCAACCCAACCUCGUCCAUCCGAUGGCCCUUCGCGGCGGCUUACACCGACUUCGACGAGUUCACAUGCGUGCUGACGUCAAGGUCAAGGAGGGACGCCAAGGAGCGAAGACCGAUAUGCACUGCAUCAUCUUCACCGACAUGGUGCUCAUGUGCAAGAACCCGAACAAGAAGGGCGACAAGCUCAGAAUCGCCCGGCCACCAAUUCACAUUGGGAAAAUCUGGUGCCAGCAGCUGCCGGAUCAAGCGUGCAGCUUCUACAUGAUUGUGAUGAGCGACUUUGACGUCCCGGCCGCCAUGUACACAAUGUUCACCGCCAGCAUGGAGGAGACCGGCCGAUUCCAGGAGAUGAUCAGAACCGCCAAGGAUGAGCUGUACCAACUUCAGAAAGAGGCCUCACCGCUCGACGAGUUCUACAGGGGCAACAGCUUCCGGACGUUCGACUCGCCGACCCACUCGCUGCAGUCGGUGGUCCAUCGCAAGAGCAGCAGCAUGGACAGUCAGGUCGUCGCGGCCGCACAUGCUCAUCUACAGCACAUGAGAAGAGCCGGCACGAUCUCAUCAACCGAGCAGCUCGACAGAGGGAUGGGUGGAGAGUGGGCCGGGCGGCAACCUCCUGCUCACAAGCUGUCGGUAGCGUCCUGCCACGCGGCGCCGAUUUCGCAGAGCAAGAGCUCAGUGGAUUUGCAUACUAAUGGACGCGCCCAAAGCCCCGAACGACCCAGAGCCAGAUCCCGCUCCAACUCCUCGGGCCCAGAACUACCCGACGACCACGAUAGAUCCAGAACCCCAUCCCCUACCCGCGAAAAAUCGGCAUCAAGAGCUUCGCGCCUGGAUACCCCGAGGGAUACACCAAGAACCUCAUCACCCCAACCGAACAGCCCCGAAGACCGCUCCACCGGAUCCCCGGCCCUCCUCGUCACUUCGACUGAGGAAGACGAUCAAACGCCGUCUGGGAGUGGUCGCCGUUUUGAGAAGCGCUACCACACGGCCGAUGGGAUCGACGUGUUGAAGCCGAAGGGCGGACCGAUGCCGACCGGGAUCUUGAAACGCUUCUCCUGGAACGUCUCCUCCGCCGUCGGCGCCAGCAGCCGCAAGAUCAGCUCCAGGAUGCAAGAGCAGCACUCCAGACGCCACUCCCAGAGCUCGACCGCCGCUUCCUCGGAGUCGUUUGGGUCUUCGACAUCCGGAAUUUCAUCUUCGACCGGAAGCCACUUGGAUGGAGGACGAGACGAUGAGGGUAAAACCCACGUCUCGACCAUCUGCAUCGGCGAGGACUCGGAUACGCUGAAUGGAUCGCUGGAUUCGCCCCUUCAAACACUUCCCGAAUACCCACCGGAAGUGUCUAUUAAUGGCUGUACUGCUCGAAAUACUCCGCCUAUCGUCUGUACACCCCCUGUUGCUGAUGAUGACGAUCAGCCCGUUCUCCAACCCCCUCCAAUCAUCCAUGAGCCAUUGGUGUCCCCGCCCCUGCCAGCCACGCUUCCGCCGCAGCCCACGGGGCCGCCCUGCUCCGUGUCGCAAAAGAUGGCCAUGGGAAUCGGGCCGGAGCACCAGCUCCUCAAGUUCAUCAUGGACAACAAGCUGGAGACGUCUGACGUC